GGACACUUGCAAUAUGAUGGAGGGGAGCCAAAAUAUAGGAGCGGGGGAGUAUGAGAUGGAUGCACACGUUAAGAAGGAAGGUGCCGCGGAUGUGGACGUCGAACAAGCUUCCUCAGUCAGUGGUACGAGAACAGCUGCGUUUCGGGCUAUCGUUGGUAGCUACUCUUUUUCGCCCGUCAAGCAAGCUUCAGGCCCUCCUCACUUGAGCUUAGGCUUGGCACCCCGCCGUUCGCCUCGUAAUGCCAAAGCUAUCAAGCCCAACGUCCAUAACACGGGAGAAACGAAGGUUGAGCGCUCGUCAAGCCUUUCAGACGAUUCUUCUUUUUCCAGCGCUGCUAGGAAGAGGAAACGUUCUAAAGACGCCAAGGGCGCAUCAUCCUCUUCUCCGGGGAUUGCGUCCAAGUCGCCGUCUUCAUCCAAAUCUCCGUCAAAGAGAGUCAAACGGUCGUAUGCGCCGCCAGAGGUGUAUGCGCAUCUCCACCCGCUUUCGGACAACGUGAAGGAGGGGCUGGAUGUCAUAUUCUGCGGAAUCAAUCCGGGUGAGAUGUCUGCUCAGCGAGGACACCAUUUCGCGAGGCCUAACAAUCAUUUCUGGAGGUGCCUGUAUCAGUCAGGGCUCACACCGCGUCAGUUGUCACCGAACGAGGACUAUACACUUCCUGAUAAGUUCAAUCUCGGCCUCACAAACCUCGUAGCACGCCCAUCGGCGGAGGCAGCCGAACUGUCCAAAGCCGAGAUGCAAGAAUCUGUACCUACCUUCUUAGAGAAAGUCGCGCAUCUUCGCCCUCGGUUCAUUUGUUUUAUCGGUCUGGGCAUCUGGGAGGUUGUCCGCGGCGUGCUCCUCAAGAUGCUUGCCUCUGAAUCUGCGGGCAAGGCUUCACUAAUCCCCACUCCAGCGAAGACCAAGGUAAAAAGUCCGAAGAAAAGUGGGGCGAAAGCAGGUCCAGGUUUGCAACCUUUCAAGCUGGUAUCGAGUAUCGGAGACGACAACACAGCCGAAGAGGGGACUGAAAAGGACACCCUCAUUUUCGUCGUGCCAAGCACAUCGGGGCGCGUGACAUCAUACCAGCUUCCCGAUAAGGUCGCGUUUUUCUCGGAGCUGCGUGUUCUCGUGGGCAAGGAACUAUCUGAGCUCAAUACCUCCGGAAUGAUGUCAGUUCGACUUAGUGUAGGAUCCUAAUGCCAUACGUAGGCAUUUCAUGUUGAAUACGCUAAGACUGUACUUCUUGCGUUUGGUCACGCAGGCAAACGAAAUCGGAAUCGGG